GUUCUCGAUGCCUUCCAUUUGGAGAUACGGCCAUGUUAAGAAGUGUCUAGUGCUGUUCUUGCCGGCCAGAACUUUCUAGGGUGGACCGACACCUGGAAACUCUCUGAGUAGGUAAUAUUAGUUUCGGUAAAUCAACAGUAGAAACUAAGAGGGCUGAUCCUCUUUGUCCCAUCCACGAAUUAGACCUCUAUGACCAAGAAUAACAAUUCAUUGUCUCGGAGUUGCCUUUGUUUUGGUCAGGAUGGCCAUAACAUCAAGCGUAGAACAGGGUCGAUAUCUUUCGACAAGUCCUUUGUCCUGAGGCUUGAUGAUAUAUUAAUAAUUUGCCUUAAGUGCCCUCAAGGUGAUGAUAAUCGUUGAAGGCUCCGAAAUAAUUAGUUCUUUCCGAGUCGAAUUUUUCAAACAAGACUUAAUUAACCAUUAAACAUUACGACUCCAGCUGCUAAUAAGAGAAAACCGUCGAACCAAGAGGCGAACAGUUGAGGGAUGUUCCCCAACGCAAAACCAAGCCCACCCUCCAGUCCUCCCUUUGCCUGUCCGCAAGGCCAAGGCCAAGACCAUAAUCAGCCUGGCUCGUCAGGAUCGACAGAAGAGCCCCGGUGGCAGGGUAUUAGCAGGGCGAGGCCCGAGUGGCCGGUGCCGACGAUCCAGAACGUGGUGGCGACGGCGAGCCUGGAGUGCCGGCUGGACCUGCAGGCGAUCGCGCAGCACGCGCGCAACGUCGAGUACAACCGGCGCAAGUUCCACGCGCUCGUCAUGCGGAUCCGCGAGCCGCGCACCACCACGCUCGUCUUCGCGUCCGGCCGCAUGGUGGUGACGGGCGCCAAGUCGGCGGGCCUCGCGCGCCUGGCCGCCCGCCGGCACGCCCGCGCCAUCCAGAAGUGCGGUUUCCCCACCCGCCUCGCCGACUUCCGCGUCCAGAACUUUGUCGGCUCCGCCGCCUGCGGCUUCCUCGUCCGCCUCGAGCGCAUCUCGCACCGCUACUGGCAGUCCGCCCGCCACGAGCCCGAGCUGUUCCCCGGCCUGGUCUACACCAUGGUCAGGCCCAGUCUCAAGUGCCUCGUCUUCACCACCGGCAAGGUCGUCCUGACCGGCGCCAAGAAGAGGGAGGACGUCUUCGAGGCCUUUGCGAACCUCUACCCGCUGCUGUUGGAGGCCAAAGUGGAACAACGAGGAGCGCCACCAAUGCCCCAAGGAGAUGAUGGCUCUUCCUAGCGCCAAAACUUGACAGAGGGCAGGCUUGGAAGAUGGGGAAAGCGGUGAGUAACUCUUUCACUCUUCCAUAUUCUGGAACACAAGGGACGUAUGGUGAGGCCGCUUGGGGCCGUACCGCGAGCUGACUUUGCUCGACAGUUUAUUGAUUUCUGUGGAUCGGUUGAAAAAAAAAAGUCUC